AUUCUGAAUAGAAGUAACGCAUGAUAAAUUUGACAAAUGACAGUGAAUAAUAAAUACUUGUCAACUAUUGACUGACAAUCACCUCAUUAUUAUCAACAAUUGCAUCAAUAAAAUCAAAUGAUAUUUUUUUUCAAAUAUUUUGUAACUACUAAUGUCUGGAUACAAAAGAGUUAGCUUUUAUGAACUUUGCAGAUUAUGCGCGUCCAACAUCCAAAAAGAAAAAACUCAUAUAUUCCAAGAAGAAGGAAGAAAGAUACAACUUCAAAAUAAAAUAGAAGUUUGUUUGGCUUUAACUGUUAACGAAAAUGAUUUUUUGCCAAAAGUUGUUUGUUCAAAAUGUUUACGUAGUCUUGAAACAUGUUUCGGGUUCAGACAAGAAUGUGUUCGAUCAGAAUCGAUGUUGUCGACAUAUUUUAAAAACUUUAGGUAUACAGAUGAUUUCAAGAAAUCUGGAAAAGUUUAUAUUAAGGAUAUUAAGUCCACACCGCUAAUUCAGCCAACAUCUGAAAGUGUAUCUCCUGUAGUAACAAGGUCUGUUCAGUCAACAUCUCAAAAUUUAGUGAAUGUUAAUAAGAGCCAACAGAAUGCAGAUACUGUACCUUUUUAUACCCUGCAGCUUCCAGCUAUAGUCUCCAAUCCCAAUAUUGUUAGUAAACCACAAAAAUAUGUCGAUCCUCCAAAGAUACCACAGAAUCAACUGGCAUAUAAUCUCAAUCUUGUCAAUACAACAAAUAACAAACUUAGUACACCAAAAGCGGAAAUUUUUAGCAAUGUAGUAGUGAAUGCGAAUGGGGAGGUCAUUAAUAUCUCACAUAUGGGUGAUUUUGAAACUAUUUUAAAUCAAGGUAACGCUUUAAAAGUAAAAAAUAAGACACUUAAGGACAUCAAUGGUGUUCAAGAGAGUGUUGUGCAAAUAGAUUUAACAGGAGCUGAUAAUUCAAAUUUUGAUUUAAAACAAGAAAAAUUACCACACAUAAAAAGUACACAAAGUAAAUAUUCGUAUUCGAUGAAAAUCGAUGAUAAAAAUCCGAAUCAGUCUGUUAUUUUUCCUAUGUCCGAAUAUAGUCAAAGUUUCAGUAAUUUCAAUUCAAAUAAUGUAGUAUAUACUCAACCAAAUUUAAGUCUAGUUAGUACCAAUUCUACCAAUGUUAUAACUAAUGCCGCCCCUACUUUAGAUAACUCGGCUUUGAAUGUUAUAAACCAAAAUUUACAAGAAAUAAAUCAGCCUGCUUAUACAAACGUCAUUUCUUCAAACGUAGCACCCGAACCUGAGAGCUGUAAAACAGAUCUGGACCAAAAUAAUAUAAAUAACACUAGCGUAAAUUGUACUAGUAGUGGUGCACCUAAAACGCACGCCUGCGAAGUUUGUCGCAGAGUAUUCAAAAGGAAAGAACAUUUAUAUCAACAUGUUAAACAUCACAUAGGAUUGAGGCCGUACACUUGCGAACAUUGUAACAAAUCUUUCAUGAGGAAGGAGCAUUUGUUAAGGCACAGUACUCUACAUUCUGGUCAAAAAAAUUUUACGUGUAAUAUUUGCGAUAAAAGUUUUUCUAGAAACGAUAAUCUUUUGAAACAUAAAAAAACUCACGAUAAAAGAACGAAUUAUACGUGUCAGGUUUGCCAGAAACAGUUUGUUAUGAAACACUAUUAUAAUGCUCACAAGUGUUAUAUGUCUACUGUAUGGGGAUUCUUGAAAACAUAAAGUUAACCCUUAUAUUUUCAUAAGAAAGUAUUUACUGUUGAAUUUGUACCUCAUAGAACACCCUUAUUAGUCCAGGAAAGAUGGGAACCGAAUCGGAAGAACUGGUAGGCGGUAGAUAUCGAGAUGGGGUUUUUUGGUGGUUGCGCCGUUUUUGAAAACUGCAUUCUGAUGCAACAAAUGCGUUUUUCAGUCGCAUAAUUUCUCGGAACAAUUAUAAAAUGAUUCAAAGGUGAUAUUUAAGAUUGAACUUACAUUUUUAUCAUUAAUACCACCUUAAUGAUUUGUGACCCCCGAACAGCCUCUUAGAACCGCCCCCGUGUACAGCAUACCUCAAAGCCCCCGAGAAAUGAUUUUCGACGAAUAUUUAUUACUCGUAUGAUUUUCCGAAAUUCAACCCCCGACAAACCAUUUUUUCUUGGUUUUCAAUCGUUUUAUAAUUGUUCGAGGAAUUAUGCAAUUGCAAAAUGCAUUUUUUGCACCAGAAAGCAAUUUUCGAAAAACGGCGCAUCCACUAUAUGUACUUUUUCUUUAUUCCCGUCGAUUUUGAUCUAAAUGCCCUGGACUAUAUUACCAGAAUCGUCUUAGAACGUACACAUUUUUUCUAUUAUAAACAAAAUGUCAAACAUUUUAAAUUUAUUUAGUUUCCAAAUUGUAAUUUAAAUUCUAGUCACAAAAUAGCUUCGAUCACUAGCCCAUCCCCAAAUACCAUCGAGUUUAUGUCGUUUUUGACAUUAUUCAAUUGAGUCUAGGUUAAGGAAAUGUGUAACUGGUGUGAUCUCAUCUGAAUCUUUGAAUUUUUUAAUAUAUUAAUUCACAUUUUGAGGUCUACAAAUCAGCAGAUAUACUCACUUAGUGUGUUAUGGUAUAUACCUUCUUAAAUUUAUUUAUUUUUAUUAGUCACUUUAUUCAUUAGAAUCCAUUUAUUUAUUUAUUCAUUUGAUUUUAUUGUUAAAAUUUCUAUAUAUUGUUGAAUAACCAAAAACAUUACAACAUACAAACGAAAUAUUCCAUUUAUAAGUCAUAUAUUAUUUUAUUGUUUUAAAAUUAUAAAUGGUAGUCAAAUUCUUUGGAUAACGUUAUAAACAAUGUUAGUAGUAUUUUUAAUGACUAUUGGUGUAGUAGCCACUGCCAACAAGAGUAUGAAGUUAGCAGCUGUGUUGGAGAAUGAUUCAAAUCACGUAAUAUAUCAAGUUAGUUCAGUUAAAUUUAUGUAGAUAUACUCAACUGAAAUAUUAUGUCAAUCGUUUUAAACUAAUUCAUUUUCUAAAUUGUAUUAUAAAUUCUAGUCAUAAAAUAGUUUUGAUCUCUAACUAGGACUUCGGCUUAUAAUCCUAUUGUUCCAAAUUCUCGAAUAUCAUCAAAGUUUAUGUCGUUUUUAACACUAUACAAGUGCGUUAACGUCUAGAAAAUUUACGCCCGGUGCGAUCUCAUCUAGAUAUUUUACUUCUUAUGAAUUUUGAGGUCUACAAUUCAACAAUUUUACUCAUUUAAUAUGUCAUGGUACAUAUACUUUAAAUUGAAAAAUAUUUAUUUUUACUAUUCAUUUUAUUUAUUUGAAUCCAUUAUGGUUUAAUUUAUUUAUUUAUUUAAUUUCAUUAUUAAAAUUUCUAUAUUCUAUUAAAUAACCAAAGACAUUACAAUAUAGAAACGAAAUAUUCCGUUUAUAAAUCACAUAUUAUUUCAUUGUUUUAAAAUAGUAAGUGGUAGACAAAUACUUUGGUUAACACUAUUAACAAUGUUGGUAGUAUCUUUCCUAACUAUUGGUAUAGUAGCCACUGCCAACAGGAGCACGAAGUUAGCAGCUGUAACUGACAUUAAUGCAUAUGGUAUAAACAUGAUACUUAAUGUUAGGUUAGGGAAUGGUCGAUGAAUAUAUUAAGUUAGUUCCGUUAAAUUGGUGUAAAAAAACAAUUUUCUGAAAUAGUGUGUCAAUUCUCUUAAAUUUAUUCAGUUUCUAAAGUGUUUUAUAAAUUAAAAAUAGAAAAUAGGGCUUCGGCUUAUAAUAUUAUUGUUCCCAAUCCUCCAAGUAUCAAGUUUAUGUCGUUUCUGACACUAUACAACUGAGUUUAGGUAUAGAAAAUGUAUACCCAGUGUGAUCUCCUAUCGAUUUUUUAUUUUUUAAAUACUCUUUUUGAACUUUGAGGUAUAUAAUUCAACAGUUUUACUCAUUUAUGUCAUUGUACAUAUACUUUAAAUUGAAAAAAAUUAUUUUUACUAGUCAUUAUGGCUUAAUUUAUUUAUUUAUUUGAAUUUAUUGUUACAAUUUCUAUAUACUAUUCAAUAACCAAAGAUAUUACAACUUAGAAACGAAAUUUUUAGUGGGGGUACCUAAUACUUCGUGAAAAUGUAUACAAUUUUGUGUUUUUGUAAAUAACCAUUGUUACUGAUCAAUUACAGGUGUUUUCACUACCUAAUAUUUUUUCUGUUAUCUAAAUCUUCCAAAAUAUACAUCUGUAUUUCUGUAUACUGACCAGUAAUAAUGACGUUAUAAAUACAACCCCGCUUUGGACUGAUGUGUCCCCAUAAAAUAGUUACAAUUUCCUCGACUUUGUCCUAAUUAAUAAUCUAUUACGAAAGAAUCACAAAAAAAUAAAAAAUUUUAGUAUAUUUUCCAAUAAAUCAACAAUAUGGCGUCAAUUCAAGUUAUAUACAUAUAACUUGAAAUAUAAUGCUGAAGUUCUAUUUUUAAAUAAAGGAAGCCAUCAAGAAUUAAUUUCAAGAUCUCAUAAUAUAAUAAAUUUUUGUUGUAUUAAUUAAAUAGGCGUACCGCUUGGUAAUAUUCAGCGUACAGUUAUUGUUUAAAACAUAUCAAUUUCUUUACCACUUCCACUGAUAAUUAGAUUUAAUCAAGCAUUUAUACAGGGUGAGCAAAAACUUUUCGUUUGUAAGAUAUUUAUCUUCAAUGGUAUCUGUAAUGGAUUUUAAAUUAGUUUUUAAUCGAACAGGUUAAAUUCUUUGCGUACAUAAAGUUCUCAGUACAAUGUUAUUUAAAAUAUAUGACAAAGUCUGCAAAACAUUUUAGUAAGUCAGGAAAUGUGAAAAUGUUUUUAUUUUUGUGAAUGAAACUGUUAUAUAGCAAUUCUGUAUACAUUUAGUAAGCACGUUAAUACUUAAUACAGGGUUGAGUAAUAAGUACUCGUUAAAGUCGUGAUGAAACUUGUCGUUUUAACAAAUAUUGAAGAGUUGGUAUAUUAGAUAGUCUGAUAGUUUCCAUAUCAAACUUGUUUACAGUAUCUUACAUCGAUAAUUCAACAUUCUGCUUUAAAUUACCCGUAGUUUUGACUUUUUUUAUAUUUUGGUUUGUCUCUAGAACAAUUCGUAAUUUGAAAAUUAAAUAUUUCCAGACUUUUAAUAUACUAAAAUUAUUCCAAGUUAUCUGAAUGUAAUUAAAAUAUAAUCGCGCGGAAAUGCUUCCUGUCUCGCAUUUUUUACUUCUUUCAAUAUUUUUCUAUGUUGAUAAGAUUCAGCUACUAAUUAGUCUCUUUAUUUGGAACCAAAGACAAAUUUGAAAAAGUAACUGCAUAACCAUUAAGACAAGUCUAGGUAAACGAAGAAACUUUCUUUGAACAGAACGGCUACUCACCAAUGACGGAUGACAAUUUAUUGGCGCGUAAAAUUUUCAUGUGGGAUGGUACAACAGGUACACUGACAAAAAUUUCUUGUUCGUUAUGAAAUACUCAAAUUUCAAUGUAAAAUCAUAAAAAUCGAAGAAAAUACUUGGUCUAUAUUAAAAUUUUUUGAAAUUAAUGAGGUUCUCUAAAUCGAAAAGUGUAGUAUAUAGAUUAUAUUUGAAAAAAAUUCAAUAAAAUCGAUAAAAUAAUUUUUUUAAAUCCACUAGAAUUGACAUAGGGCGCUAACUGGGACGUAUAUAAUACUUGAUUUCUGUUAAUACGACAACGUAGCUUUACCACCUUGUUUUCUCAGUGUAUUCUGUUGUAUUUACGUUGAAUGACGUAACGUUUUCGAAACCCAUAAACCAAAUCCUCGCUUGGUUUAAAAUUUUGACAUGAUGAUUGAUUUUGGGGAUUUUAUCUCCAAAAACCCACAAAUUUCGAUAUCUAUGAUUUGUUAUUUUUUUAUCGCGUUCAGAUAACAAAACAUCUUCUUUUCUUAAUAUGAUAAACAUUAUAUGAACAAAUUUAUUGUUUUUAAAGUGAUUCCUACUUUAUGGUGUACUAAAAUUCAUUAAAAAGUGUUUUGAUAAAAUAUCUCUCAAUAGAAUGUAUUUGUUUUCCCCUGUAUAAUAUUAUUGCGACCUUCAAUCUCGAUAACAUUAAAUGCAAUUGUUUGUCCUUUUGUUUUUUCAGUUAAAUUUUUGAAAAAUAUAUAAAGUUUAUUUUAGAAUAAUACAAGUUAAUAUUAACCUGUCUUAUUCAGAAAAUUUCUUCUAAAAUAUUUUUUCCAAUCACUACGGAAAUAUAAUUGAGCUUGGCAACAUCGCAAAUCUUUUAAAUUCUUAUUUCAAUUUCCGACAGUUGGGAUAAUUGAUUUAAGUGAUAGAUUUGCUUUAAAUUUCAUAAAUCCCGCUAAAAUUCACCCGUCAUAAUUGGUCAAACGAAUUACAGCGAUGCCGUGUUUCAUCAGCGAAUAAAUUCCAUUUUUCCACAUGUCUUUAAAAACUCAUUUGAGUUUUUGGUAGUUUGUAUUCUUCAUUUGAGAUAUAUUUUUUGAUUCAGAAAAUUUCUUCUAAAAUAUUUUUUUCAAUCAUUACGGAAAUAUAAUUGAGUUUGGCAACAUCGCAAAUCUUUUAAAUUCUUAUUUCAAUUUUCGACAGUUGGGAUAAUUGAUUUAAGUGAUAGAUUUGCUUUAAAUUUCAUAAAUCCCGCUAAAAUUCAUCCGUCAUAAUUGGUCAAACGAAUUACAGCGAUGCCGUGUUUCAUCAGCGAAUAAAUUCCAUUUUUCCACAUGUCUUUAAAAACUCAUUUGAGUUUUUGGUAGUUUGUAUUCUUCAUUUGAGAUAUAUUUUUUGAUUCAGAAAAUUUCUUCUAAAAUAUUUUUUUCAAUCAUUACGGAAAUAUAAUUGAGUUUGGCAACAUCGCAAAUCUUUUAAAUUCUUAUUUUAUUUUUCGACAGUUGGGAUAAUUGAUUUAAGUGAUAGAUUUGCUUUAAAUUUCAUAAAUCCCGCUAAAAUUCACCCGUCAUAAUUGGUCAAACGAAUUACAGCGAUGCCGUGUUUCAUCAGCGAAUAAAUUCCAUUUUUCCACAUGUCUUUAAAAACUCAUUUGAGUUUUUGGUAGUUUGUAUUCUUCAUUUGAGAUAUAUUUUUUGAUUCAGAAAAUUUCUUCUAAAAUAUUUUUUUCAAUCAUUACGGAAAUAUAAUUGAGUUUGGCAACAUCGCAAAUCUUUUAAAUUCUUAUUUCAAUUUUCGACAGUUGGGAUAAUUGAUUUAAGUGAUAGAUUUGCUUUAAAUUUCAUAAAUCCCGCUAAAAUUCACCCGUCAUAAUUGGUCAAACGAAUUACAGCGAUGCCGUGUUUCAUCAGCGAAUAAAUUCCAUUUUUCCACAUGUCUUUAAAAACUCAUUUGAGUUUUUGGUAGUUUGUAUUCUUCAUUUGAGAUAUAUUUUUUGAUUCAGAAAAUUUCUUCUAAAAUAUUUUUUUCAAUCAUUACGGAAAUAUAAUUGAGUUUGGCAACAUCGCAAAUCUUUUAAAUUCUUAUUUCAAUUUUCGACAGUUGGGAUAAUUGAUUUAAGUGAUAGAUUUGCUUUAAAUUUCAUAAAUCCCGCUAAAAUUCAUCCGUCAUAAUUGGUCAAACGAAUUACAGCGAUGCCGUGUUUCAUCAGCGAAUAAAUUCCAUUUUUCCACAUGUCUUUAAAAACUCAUUUGAGUUUUUGGUAGUUUGUAUUCUUCAUUUGAGAUAUAUUUUUUGAUUCAGAAAAUUUCUUCUAAAAUAUUUUUUUCAAUCAUUACGGAAAUAUAAUUGAGUUUGGCAACAUCGCAAAUCUUUUAAAUUCUUAUUUUAUUUUUCGACAGUUGGGAUAAUUGAUUUAAGUGAUAGAUUUGCUUUAAAUUUCAUAAAUCCCGCUAAAAUUCACCCGUCAUAAUUGGUCAAACGAAUUACAGCGAUGCCGUGUUUCAUCAGCGAAUAAAUUCCAUUUUUCCACAUGUCUUUAAAAACUCAUUUGAGUUUUUGGUAGUUUGUAUUCUUCAUUUGAGAUAUAUUUUUUGAUUCAGAAAAUUUCUUCUAAAAUAUUUUUUUCAAUCAUUACGGAAAUAUAAUUGAGUUUGGCAACAUCGCAAAUCUUUUAAAUUCUUAUUUCAAUUUUCGACAGUUGGGAUAAUUGAUUUAAGUGAUAGAUUUGCUUUAAAUUUCAUAAAUCCCGCUAAAAUUCAUCCGUCAUAAUUGGUCAAACGAAUUACAGCGAUGCCGUGUUUCAUCAGCGAAUAAAUUCCAUUUUUCCACAUGUCUUUAAAAACUCAUUUGAGUUUUUGGUAGUUUGUAUUCUUCAUUUGAGAUAUAUUUUUUGAUUCAGAAAAUUUCUUCUAAAAUAUUUUUUUCAAUCAUUACGGAAAUAUAAUUGAGUUUGGCAACAUCGCAAAUCUUUUAAAUUCUUAUUUUAUUUUUCGACAGUUGGGAUAAUUGAUUUAAGUGAUAGAUUUGCUUUAAAUUUCAUAAAUCCCGCUAAAAUUCACCCGUCAUAAUUGGUCAAACGAAUUACAGCGAUGCCGUGUUUCAUCAGCGAAUAAAUUCCAUUUUUCCACAUGUCUUUAAAAACUCAUUUGAGUUUUUGGUAGUUUGUAUUCUUCAUUUGAGAUAUAUUUUUUGAUUCAGAAAAUUUCUUCUAAAAUAUUUUUUUCAAUCAUUACGGAAAUAUAAUUGAGUUUGGCAACAUCGCAAAUCUUUUAAAUUCUUAUUUCAAUUUUCGACAGUUGGGAUAAUUGAUUUAAGUGAUAGAUUUGCUUUAAAUUUCAUAAAUCCCGCUAAAAUUCAUCCGUCAUAAUUGGUCAAACGAAUUACAGCGAUGCCGUGUUUCAUCAGCGAAUAAAUUCCAUUUUUCCACAUGUCUUUAAAAACUCAUUUGAGUUUUUGGUAGAUUGUAUAUUUUAUUUGAAUUUUGUAAUUCCUGCAAAAUUAACCGAAAAGAAGCCCUGUCAUAAUUGGAGAAAUCAGUUACAGCGUUGCCAAGUUAUAACAUCCCACCAGUAAAAAUAAUUUACAAGUCUCUCAUAAUAAUCAUUUUAAAAAAAAUCAUUUACUUUAUAGACGUUUUCAUUACCAUAAAAAAGUUUCAUAAAUUUUUUAUAGGCUUAUUUCAAAACAAACAAAGCGAUAAUUAAAAAUUAAAAUAUUGCAUUUUAUGUUAUCAAGUAUUCUAAUUUUCAUUUGGCUGUAUUAGAUUUGUAAGUAUUUAUAUAUUCCAGUUGCCAUUUUUAUUUUUGUGCCCAUAGGGACAUGUAUAUUUAUUUGACUUUGUUCUACGAAACGAUGCGUAGUUUAUAGAACAUUCUAGUCGUAAGAGUUAUA